GGGGAAACGGUUUGUCGCAAUGAAAGUUGUGAAAAGCGCUCAACAUUAUACGGAGACAGCCUUGGAUGAAAUAAAAUUGCUGAAGUGUGUCCGUGAAAGUGACCCUAACGAUCCAAAUAAAGACAUGGUGGUGCAAUUAAUUGACGACUUUAAAAUUUCUGGCUUGAACGGCAUACAUGUCUGUAUGGUUUUUGAAGUACUCGGACAUCACCUUUUAAAAUGGAUAAUUAAGUCCAGCUAUCAGGGCCUUCCGAUCCAUUGUGUAAAAAGUAUAAUACAACAG